GCAGUUACGUCACAGGAUCCGCUAGCCCACCCCACUCACCCUUUCCCCUUCCUCUCCCCACCCUCCCGUCCGGCCUCUCACUGCUCGCCGAACCGAAAAGCCCGCGCCGGAGGUAGCCCCCGGAUCCUGUUUCGGGUCUCGUUGAUCGGCGCGCCUCCUCCCGGUCCCGGGGGUUGCUUUCUUCUGGAAUUUCCCGCGCCGGAAGUGGCGAGAUUCGCGGGGUUAGAUCCGGCGGCCUGCUUGAAGGAACAGGUCGUGCGCGCGCGCAGUGUGUUUGCGAUCGGAUCUGCUGUGGAACGGCGGAGUGCGGUGUGGAGGCGCUUCUUUUGGAGGAGACGACGACGUCUGCGGUGGGGGUUCUCGUCCGCUCCACGGCUGUAGAUCUGGAAGGCAAAUGCUUCAUGUUGGAAGAAUUUGUACAAGAUCUUGCUCAAGCCUUGCUGUAUCUUCAUUACUUGUGGGCCCGCGGCGUUUGUUUGGUCUUGACAACCCACAUUGUUUGGACGGUAAAUGUCAUGGGACUAACCGUACGAGCAAUAAUUAUACUAAAUACUUCGAACCAAGGUUAAAUAUUGGAAGUUGUGGCACGUGCUUUUCCACUAUUACUGAAACAAUUCUGGUCCAAGCUCGUGACCCGUCCCAGCUAGCGUUGGAGAUAGAGAAUGCAAUUGAUCAGCAGAGGUUUGAUGAUGCAUGGAAGGCUUAUGAGAAGCAUGUUCACAUGGAUGGACUUCCAAGAAAGUCCGUCUUGAGCAAGCUCAUCACUGGCUUGGCAGAGACCUGUGAUGCUCACUGGCUUAACCAGUCCUACAAUGUGGUCAGUCAUGCAUUUGAAGAGAAAUAUGAAUUGUUGGACAAGGAGCCCCUGAUUUACCUAUCUCUCAUUCUUGCACGAUGCGCUCUGCCUAGUCUUGCUAUUAAUGUUGUGAGGAAGUUAAUAAAGAUGGAGGCAUACCCACCUGUUGCAGCAUGGUCAGCAAUUGUAGCGCAUAUGUGUCAAACCAACACUGGUGCAUUUCUUGCUGCAGACCUGGUAAUGGAAAUUGGUUACCUUUUCCAGAAUAAUAGAGUUGAUCCACGAAAGAAGAGCAACCGUCCAUUGCUAUCAAUGAAGCCCAAUUCAUUUACAUUCAACAUAGUACUGACUGCAUCCCUCCUGUUUGGUACUACAAGAAAAGCGGAGGAGCUUCUCGAACUAAUGCCUAGGAUAGGGGUCAAGCCUGAAGCCAACUUGUUGAUUGUUAUGGCCCGUAUAUAUGAAAAAAAUGGGCGCAGAGAUGAAAUUCAGAAGUUAAAGAGGCAUGUUGAUGAGGCCUGUGGUCUUAGUGAAUCUGAGUUCAGGCAGUUUUACGAUUGCCUGCUCUCCUGUCAUUUGAAAUUUGGUGAUUUGGAUUCUGCAGUUGAUAUGGUAUUGGAUAUGCUUAGAAAGGGUAAAAAUGCAAAGCGGUCAUUGGAAGCAGCUAAAGCAGUUCUUGAAGCUGUUGAAAAUAGGAAAAUUUAUCUUCCUUCUGAGAAAACUGGGAAUGAAAUUUCACUUUCUUCUGGUGAUUCUAUAUCUAACAGCCAAAUGCUAAAUUAUAUUCCAUUCUUCAAAGAUAAGAGUUUUGCAAGGAUUGAAUUAGGGGCAAGAGAAUUAUUCAAGCUAUUAUCAGAUAAGCUGCAGGAACAGGUUGGACUAGUGAAAUCUGAACAUGGUAUCCUCCAUCCAACUGAAACAAUGUAUGCCAAGCUUGUUAAAGCUUUCUUGGAAGCAGAUAAAAUCAGCGCAUUGGCAUUGUUUCUUGUGAAAGCAAGCAAAGAGGAUUCUGCUGUCUCCAUUGAAAGCUCCUUUGUUGUUCAAGUGAUAAAUGCAUGCAUUUGUCUUGGUUUAUUAGAGCAAGCACAUGACCUUCUGGAUGAAAUGAGAUUUUCUGGAAUUAGAGUUGGUUCAUCCAUUUAUUCGUCACUCCUAAAAGCCUAUUGCAAAGAGGGCCAACAUGAAGAUGAUAUAUCUGCACUUUUGAAGGAUGCUCAACAAGCAGGCAUUCAGCUUGAGGCAAGCUGCUAUGAGGAGUUGAUACAAUCUAGGGCACGCCACAGUAACACCACAGGUGCUCUCCAUCUUUUUAAAGAGUUGAAGAACUCGAAUGUUUCGAAAUCUGGUCAAAAAGAUUUUCAGAUGCUAUUGCAAGACUGUGAUAACAAUGAAGCUGCUUUGACGGCAAGGCUAGUGGAGGAAGUUAGAAGAGGUCAUAUGGUUGAUCACGCUGUUCAUGACUGGAAUAAUGUUAUCCAUUUCUUCUGCAAGAAGAGAUUGAUGCAUGAUGCUCUCAGAGCACUGAACAAGAUGCGAGCUUUGGGCCAUGUGCCAAAUGCACAAACUUUUCAUUCUUUAAUAACUGCUUAUGCUGCCAUUGGUGGUAAAUAUGUGGAGGUGACAGAUUUGUGGGGUGAAAUGAAACUUCUGGCCAACUCAAGCUCUAUGAAAUUUGAUCAGGAGCUCUUGGACUCUCUGUUAUAUUGCUUUGUCAGAGGUGGUUUCUUCCUUCGGGCCAUGGAAGUUAUAGUAAUGAUGGAGAAAGGCGACAUGCUUAUAGACAAAUACAAGUACAAGUCCCUGUGGCUUAAAUACCAUAGAACAUUGUACAAAGGUAAGGCUCCCAAGGUGCAAACAGAAGCACAACUAAAACGGAGAGAAGCGGCAAUACAUUUCAAGAAAUGGAUUGGCUUGACAUGAGAGCAUGUGAUUCAACUCAAGCUCUAUGAAAUUUGAUCAGGAACUCUUCGAUGCUCUGCUGUAUGGAUGGAGCUUUACAAAUUCCUGAAAGCCAUAAUCGUGGAGUUCUCAAUAAGGUAAUAUCAUUUGCAUUUUACAAUUUUGCAUAGUUCCUGCUAGAAAGCUCGUCAUCAGAAACCAACCUAGAUUCUGUAUAGAAACUAGGCUGUUCUGUUUGCUACAACAAAGUGCUGCAGCUAAUACAUUCCAUAUAGUGGUGUACCAUGGCAUCAAGAAAAGGGGGAUGGUAAUUUUCGAGGCAUAAUUGUGGAGUGAUCUUUUUAGUUCUUCAGAUAAUAUAUUUUUAAGAACUGAAUUUAGCAUAUUCGAAUUUUUGAAUUAGUAUAUUUGGGUUACCGCUUAAGAAAAUGUGGAAUUCAACAGCAAUUUAGUUGGUGAGAUUAAAGAUGUAACUCCGACCCGGUCUACGAAGUAUCUUGUUCAGAAGGGUAACAGCUAUGAAUCACUGAUACUUCAGCAAGGUUGCCGUACCCGUAUCCGAUACAGAGGGAUAUGGCGAUACGUCUCGAUGUGGCUCGAUACGGGUAUUUGGAAUUAUCGGAGAAUUACGAUUUAAAAUUAAACAAUUUAAUUAGCGAUACGCCCUCCGAUACUCAUCGAUACCUCCCUCGAAUAUGUUUCUUCCCGUCCAUGAGCUGGUGUGUCUGAAGCAUAAAGAUGAGCAUGGGUACUGGAGAGACGAGGUGGGCAUGUGCUACCCAUUUUGCUAGUCGGUUGCGUGGAAUGGUUGCCGGCGGCCAGCGAUCGGCGAAGCUAUGCUGGGGAAGAAGGGAGAACAGCAUGGGGAAGAAAGAAGAGCGGUGGUGGCGGCUGCUGCGUGCCUCUUGGAUGGGAGGAGUAGGGGAUCGAUUAGGGUAAGUUAAGGUCUAUAGGUGGGCUGAGUGGGCCAGCACAUGGAAGCUCAUCUCAUCUUUUCUGUGUUCUUUUCUUUUCUUUCUUUUUUCCCCUUCAGCGUGAUGGAUCUGUAUCAGCGUGAGUAUUUCAAUAUUUUAGAUGUUAUGGCUCACUACUUUCUUGCUUAGUAGCUACAAACUUGAAUUUUGUAUUUGUAUAUUCUGUAGCUUAAUUACUUUUUAGUGAUAUUUAUAUAUAUAUUAAUAUA